AAAAAGAAAACUUUCCAUCCCUCUCCAUCCAAAUCCUACCCUAUGCGGAAUACUAACAGUGUCUUCUGGCUUUACCUUGUGCACUGUGUUCCAUAUUCUGUAAUCCCACUUCCAAAUUCCAAUCCCAAUCUCCACUUUGUCACUCUCCUUUGAAUUUGCUGUAAGCCAAACGACACACCAUUCACCGGCUCACAGCACACCACAUCGUCCUCCAUCACCGUUCACCGUGAAUCGACUCCACUCUCAAGCUUCAAGGAGUUGAGGUUGUGUUUUGCCUACCACUGCUUGCUGUCUCCUACCUCUGUUUGCUACUGCCGGAUGCUCAAGCGUCAAGCCUCACAAGAACCUCCAAUUCUCCACCAAACGACUAGUCUUAAACCGGAACCACCACGACACGGCGUCACCACCUUCUUUAAUUGACUUCAAUUUCAGCACUGCAUGAGAAGUUAUUGUAAAGGCAUUGGUUUUGUUGCUUCAAGUAUUAUGGUGCAUUGGGCCCGGAAUACUGAAGCAGUCACGUGAAGAACAACCCAGUAGAGGUGCUCUUUUCAGCAUAAUAGCGUUGGAGAGAGUAUUUGGACUUUGGCAAGGCCAAAUGCUGGCAGCACGAGCUCCCCUUGUGCUUGGGCAAGCACUCAAGUAGCUUGAGUGAGCAGUGUCCUGGCUCAGGGUUUGAUGAAUUAUCUGAGUUUUUUGUCCUAGCUGAUGAAUAAUAACUGUGCAAAUGUCAGCAAAGUUUUUGAUCAGUAAUCAGUGUGUUCACUUUCAAAGUCCUGUGUCUUUGAUUACAGCAAGAGGAAGAAGAAUAGAAACUGCACCCAGAAUUUACAGACCACCAAAAAGUAUCAAACAGAAGCGCCUGACAUCAAGUUUAUGUUUUUCAAUGGAUCAAAAAAGCCUGAAUGAGGGUUUUUCUGGUGUGGGUCAGAAAGAUGGUGUGAUUAUCGUGGAUCAUGGAUCUCGUCGGAAAGAGUCUAAUCUAUUACUGAACGAAUUUGUGUUGAUGUUCAAAAGCAAAACUGGAUACCCUAUUGUUGAGCCUGCACAUAUGGAAUUGGCAGAACCUUCUAUAAAAGAUGCUUUCAGUUUAUGUGUACAGCAAGGGGCAAAACGUGUUAUCAUAAGUCCAUUCUUUCUUUUUCCUGGUCGACAUUGGCAUCAGGAUAUUCCUUCCCUUGCAGAUGCUGCUGCACUGGAGCAUCCGGGGAUUAGCUAUCUUGUGACUGCACCAUUGGGUCUGCAUGAAAAACUUGUGGAUGUUGUGAAGGACAGAAUCGACUAUUGCUUGAGUCAUGUUGCUGGGGAAGUGGAGGAAUGUGCAGUAUGUGCUGGGACAGGCAGGUGUAAGAUUAAAAUUCAGGAUGCUGAAGCGUAGUAUCCUCCUCUUGUAACGUGAGUAGACCUGUGCAAUGGGCCAAAUACAGGCCGGGUCGGGCUCUUAAAACAGUUGGGCGAUUCUUGCAAAACAGAAAAUGAGCUUUAAAUGGGCCGGGCUUGGUGGCCCACCACCGACCCGACCCGACCCAUUCAUCUUAACUCUUUAAAUUUUCUUGCAUGUAAUGAUAAUUAUUUGGAAAAAAUCAAAUCCAAAACAGUUUAAGAGCA